UGUUGUCAACAAACCAAUCGAAAUAAACCGAACAAGGAAUCCUUGCACAACAUUGCGCCAUUUUUAACGAAUUUUUAUACUCACCGAAGUGUCUCUACUUACUGCAUUACUCAAUUAAUAAUAUUAAACCAUCGGAGAAAGACUGAGUCAUAGAUUAAAGUUGACCGUGCACCUCGAGUUCACCCCCAGUCUCAUCCAUCUCAGCUUCCGAGACUCUCUGUCCCGUCUCUAAGCUCCACUUCAGUUUAGAAACAUCAUGAGUAUGCUCAGCGGACUGGCAGAGUACAUCUUCGGCAGUGCUGCCAGUGCUGAAGACCCAUCAGCAUCGGAGGAUGGCGGGCAGGGCUCUAGACCGAGCUCUAGUAUGCAGCUCACCUAUGCUGAUGACGACUGGGUACUUGUGGAUGUCACCAAUAGCCCCAAGUGGAGCAGGGAGUCACCAUUGAAUGAUGCCCAGUCUGGUACCCAACCUCUUGGGAUUCCUAACCGCCAACAUCACAUGGAGGAGAGUUGGCUUGUUACCCCUCCUCCAUGCUUCACCGCCGGGGGUAGCUCCCCGCAUCAACUUGCCACCAGUCCCAUGGAGAACCUCCUUAUUGAACACCCUAGUAUGUCUGUUUAUGGACCACGCAGUGGCAUGGCGAUGAGAUCAAGAAGAAUGCGUCAGCACGAACAAAACACUGAUCAGAUCGUGAAGAAAUCCAAGUCACGUAAUCUGCGUGUGCGCAACACGCAGCCACCCCGCCGCGCAGCUGCAGUGGCAGCUCGCGUUGGUUUGGAAAACCCGCCGAACUUGGCUGCCAUCCAAGAGGCAGAGGUUAUGGAACGUACAAAGAAGGGAUCACUAAGUAGGUCAAAGGUCGAGCGUCAUAACAAGGCAUACCACCAGCAGAGUCGCUCAGGCAAGCGUCAUUAUCGUCAGAAUGUUGCCGGCAGACAUUCUGGUGUUGUCUACAAGCAAUGUUAAUAGUAAAUCCAUAAUACGCAAUCAGCGAACCCUUACCUCAACAGAAACAAAAUUCACAGCAAAAUAAAUUUUUCAAAUAAUAAGAAAUACCGCAGAUUUUACAUUUUUCUAACCAUCACUUCCAGAUUUGAGAGGUAAGGACACAUCCAGUUUGCUUUGGUUCUCAUUUAAAGUUUGAGAACAUUUGCGUUCAAUUUUAGAAACUUUCAAGAAAAUUUUCCUGGGUAGAAUUGUAGAUACUGGUUUUGGUGAAAUUGGAAAUGUUUUAACUGUUAAUAUUCAUUAUGAAAAAUUAAUUAUUCUAUAUAUUUAUUAACUGACAAUAUAAUAUUUUAAUUAGACUAGGUGUGUUAUUAGAAAACAUUGCAGUUGGUAAACAAUUACUCAAAAACCAUUUUUAAACUCAAAGAAAUCAAUUUGUAAAAAGCAACUGAUAUUCUUGCAGGAGUCAAUUCGGUUUGUAAGUCACAGGGUUUGGGAAUGUGCCUCGGUAACAAUUAAAAAAAAAAAUAAAAAAUUGUUUUGUUUUUCUCAUAAUAAAAGGGUUUUUUUUAUGCAUCCAAUUUCAGUUUGCAAGACUACAACUGAUUACAAAAUGUACAUUAUGUCAAACGGACAACUAUUAUUAUUUCCCUUUCACUCUUCAAAAAUCCAAUUUGCCAAGCUUUGCCAUAUUUCUGUUCCUUUUUGUUUCCUAAUCUUUGCAAACAUCUGCUUGAUUUUACAAUUCUUAAAAUAAUGUUGGUGUGUUUUUUUUUACUAGAGAGACGCAUGCAAACCAAAAGGAAUGAAUUUUAAUGUCAUUCGAAUUGAAUUAAUUAUGAGCCGAUUGGUUGUUUGUUUUUAAAAUGAAUUCCUUUUUGGUUUACGUCAGCGAGGAGAAGGAUCUUUAAAUUCCCCUCAAGAUUAAUAAAAUAAUCAAACUGUCUUUCAAAUCAAACUGCUGUGGAUCCUGAACAGUUUUGUCGGUAUUUUUAUUUUGGAACUAAACAAAAGCGCUUUUCACACUACCAAGCCAAUUCACAAUAAACAAAACUCAAGGAGAAUUCCUGGGGAAUUUUAACCCCACCACCACCUCAUGGUUGUUUUAAACUUGAUGCCAAUCGUCAUAACAAAAUUCCCCUUACCAGAAUAAGGUUACCAGCCAAACUACCAUGUCACAAAUACAAUUUGUAACUGGUAUUCUGCUCAUUCUAAGCAGCAAUAUUUCCUGCUUGAGCGGCUCUAUCCCUACUCUGAAGCAGGGGGGAGUCUUCCCUGGAGUUUGUCAGAGUUUGCAAUUCAAGUGUGAAAGGCCAACUGAAUUUCCCCAGGGAUUUUCCUGGGAAAUUUGUCUAGGUGUGAAAGGGGCUAGAGCCAAUCCGAUAGCAGAAGCUAAUUGCUCAUUAUGAGUAAUUAGCUUAUCCUGAUUAAUCAUAACAAAAUACCUCAAAUCUUGUUCAUUUCUUACAGUAGGAA